GCCUUUGUACAGGAAGGGAAGAAAGUGAGAGAGGCACAAGGAGGAGGAGGGUAGGGGGUGCAGAGAGAAAGAGGGUGCAAGAACAGGACAAGUCAGAGUGGUCUGAGGAGAGAAAAAAAGAAGGAAGGAGCAGCAGAAAAUGCGGAGGCCUUGCUCUCUGCCAGAACACGAGGUGGUUCUAGGUAAGGCCCAGAGCAGCAGCUCCGUUAAGGAUGAGCGUGAGGAAGAGUAGGGGCAUGGAGAGCUCAGAGACCAUGACGCAGGAACCCGAAUCGAAGCCAGCUUUGUGGGGGGGCACACCGCAAUACGACUAUGUCUGCUUUGAGAAAUGCACCCGUUAUGGGAUACCCCUGGAGGCAGGACGCGAGGCCGGGGGGACAGGGGACGACCCGCGCCACCUGGAGAACUCCCUCAGCUACCCACAGCUUUAUGGCAAAUACACAGAUCAGAUAACUGACAUUUCAGAGAAGGAAGCAGGAAAACUAUUGAAGAAACAGGCCCAAAAGAACAAUGGAAGACCCCUGAAACGUGACAGUCAAGUACAGAUCAAAGAAGAACACUAUUCCAAAUGUCAAGACUGUGCUAAACGCAUGCAGAAAUAUAUUACCAAGAAGCUUGGAGAGGACUGGAUUUUCUUGGUUCUGCUGGGUCUGGUCAUGGCGUUGGUGAGCUGGGGAAUGGAUUAUGCCAGUGCAAAGAGCCUACAGGCCUACAAGUGGAUGUACGGAAAGCUGCACCCGAAUGUUCCUAUGCAGUAUGUGGUGUGGGUUGCAUACCCACUUGCUCUUAUUCUGUUUGCCGCCAUUGUCUGCCACCUCGUCUCUCCACAGGCUGUUGGGUCUGGGAUCCCAGAGCUCAAGACCAUUAUGAGGGGAGUGGUCCUCAAGGAGUAUCUCACUCUCAAAGCUUUUGUGGCCAAAGUUGUGAGCCUUACAGCUGGGCUUGGAAGUGGCAUGCCUGUGGGGAAAGAGGGUCCUUUUGUUCAUAUUGCCAGUAUCUGUGCUGCAGUACUCAGCAAGUUCAUGUCAAUCUUCUGUGGUGUGUAUGAGCAGCCAUACUAUUACACGGAUGUCCUGACUGUGGGGUGUGCUGUGGGUGUUGGCUGCUGCUUUGGCACACCACUUGGAGGGGUACUUUUCAGCAUUGAGGUCACUUCCACUUACUUCGCUGUGCGCAAUUAUUGGAGAGGUUUCUUUGCAGCUACCUUUAGUGCCUUCAUUUUCCGAGUUCUUGCAGUUUGGAACAAGGAUGCAGAUACCAUCACAGCCCUGUUCAGAACAAACUUCCGUAUGGAUUUCCCCUUUGAUCUGAAAGAGCUCCCAGCGUUUGCUAUAAUAGGCAUAUGUUCUGGGUUCCUGGGAGCGUUUUUUGUUUAUCUCAAUCGCCAAGUGGUCCUGUGCGUCCGGCGUCACAAGGCUCUGAGCCAGUUUCUCACCAAAUACCGACUCAUAUACCCUGGGGUUAUAACCUUCCUUAUAGCAACUGCGACAUUUCCUCCUGGAUUUGGGCAGUUCAUGGCAGGAGAGUUGAUGCCACGGGAAGCCAUCAGCACUCUCUUUGAUAACUAUACCUGGAUAAAACACACUGGGGACACUCAGAUCCUAGGGAAAUCUGCUGCGUGGAUCCAUCCUAAAGUCAGCAUCUUCGUCAUCAUCCUGCUCUUCUUCCUUGUGAAGUUCUGCAUGUCUGCUGUUUUUACUACUAUGCCAAUCCCCUGUGGAGGCUUCAUGCCUGUUUUCGUAUUAGGUGCUGCAUUUGGACGUCUUAUUGGGGAAAUCAUGGCAGCACUUUUUCCCAACGGGAUCCUCUUUGAUGAUAUUGUUUAUCAAAUCUUACCUGGAGGUUAUGCUGUCAUUGGUGCAGCAGCUUUGACAGGAGCCGUGAGCCACACUGUCUCCACUGCUGUGAUCUGCUUCGAGCUGACAGGUCAGAUCUCUCACAUCCUCCCUAUGAUGGUGGCUGUCAUUCUUGCCAACAUGGUGGCCCAGAGUUUGCAGCCCAGCCUCUAUGACAGCAUCAUCCAGGUGAAGAAGUUGCCCUACCUGCCAGACCUGGGCUGGAAUCACAUAAGCAAAUACAAUAUCUUUGUGGAGGAUAUUAUGGUCCAAGAUGUGAAAUUUGUCUCCUCCAACUGUAAAUACCGAGACUUGCAAACUGUACUCCAAAGCACCACAGUGAAGACUCUGCCUUUGGUGGACUCACCAGAAACCAUGAUCCUUCUGGGGUCUGUAGAGCGAUCGGAACUGCAAGCUCUCCUCCAGAGACAUAUAAGCCCGGAACGACGACAGCUCCUCAACAGAGAAAUGCAGCAGAAGCUGUCUGAGGCACCUUACGAUGGACACAGCCAGGGACCGUGGGCAAACCUGCCAAAGCUGAAGCAUGACUCUUUUGCUUAUGUUGAUGAGGAUGAGGAUACAGAUGAGAAGGGAGAGCUGACUCAGCCCCCAAGUCCCACUCCCAGUUACCCAGAGGAGCCAAAUGGCCUGACAAGUCCUCUUAAACAAAUGACUGAAACUUUGGAGCCCCAGCAACACUCAGGCAAUUCCAGGCAUUUGAGGCAACUGAUUCAGCAGCUUUUGUGCCAUUGCAGCCGUCCACUUGAAACAGAGAGCACUGUCCAGGAGCCGGCGGAAGUUGUUGAGACAAUGACACCAGAAGAGAUAGAUGCUUGGGAACAGGAGGAGCUGAACAAGAAUGUGUGCUUUGACAGCUGCCGCAUAGACCCCUGCCCUUUCCAACUGGUGGAGAGAACUUCCCUGCACAAGACGCAUACGUUGUUCUCAUUACUGGGCCUCAGCCAUGCCUAUGUAACCAGUAUGGGGAAGCUGAGGGGAGUGCUGGCUUUGGAAGAGCUCCAGAAGGCGAUAGAAGGUUCCACACGCUCCGGGGUUCGUCUCCGCCCACCCCUCGCCAGUUUCCGAAAUACCAACCGGACUUCCACCAAAACUGAGGUCAGUCAGGCCACUCAGGCGUGGAGCCGGGAGGACAAUGGCAUGGUGGCAGCACAGCAAGCAGCACCCUUGGGCACGGAGAGCCCACUGCCUCCCUGCCCGGACUCCCCGCAGCCCUCACACUCGCAUGACGAGGGGGAAGUCCCAUGCUCCACUUAUGCCACUGAUACUGAGUUGGAAGAGAUGGAGCUUACAGGGCCAGUUGCUGAAAACAUCUCAGACAUCCUCAAGGACAUAAGCCUCCGCACCACUGACUUGGAUGAAGAUGAAGAUGAGGAUGAGGAUGUCCGCUUAUAACUGGUGUGAGGGUAGUAGUCCAUCACACUCUUCAGUGAGCCAGUCUUCUUGUGUUUGCUCCUCAAAGAGAAGCUUUUGGAUGUUCUUUGCAAUCCCCACAGAGGUAUGAUUCAGCUGGGAGGAGGGGCAUCAGACCAACCCUUUCUUCUGCUGCAUUGUCUCUGUACAAAGACUGUUGGGCUAUUGGACUAUACAGGUGUGUGCAAGCAUCAGAUGUGGACUGGAAGGCGCCAAAGUACAGGCUCAUAAUGCUUAGGCUUCUGCCAUGUCUACAUAACGCAGCAGAAGGGGUUGUAACAGGAUAUGAAUACUGCUGGACACAGUCAGGAUGCUCUGGGUCAAUCUGCCAUGUGGAAAGUGGAAGAGGAGCAGUUCUUCUCAUUUAACAUUGCUGUCAUCCUUCCAGUCACACCUGGCCUGCACAUACCAGUGUAACACAGCCAGGCCCCCACCCUAGAAGCAUAUUGCUGCUUCUGACUGCAAUCCUGUCCAUGUUGCUGCAGCUCCUUUUCACUACUAGCUCUUAUCUUGCAUCCCCCCCCAAACAUUCCCAUGUAGAACAUUUUUAUUCUUUCUCAAUAUUUACUCUGGGAUUUUCCUGGAUGGGGGUGCAGUUAGGAGCUUCUCCUCUGUCCUUUAGCUGAGCCACGCCCUAAAAACAGAUAUAAGGAAAAUAAUUGGUAUAUGUCUCAUGUCUUGAAUUCAGCCAGGGCUUUAGAAAGCACUGGAAGGGAGAAAAGCCUCUUUGUUUUCCCCUAAUCUCCGGAAUUUUUAAACAGAACGUGAAAAUUUCAAGUGGGGGCAUUCUCAGUGUUGGGGGAAGAGGAGUAAAGCAGCAUAUAUGUACUUAUAUUUCAAAUACCUGUGUUUGUCUCUCUGAAUCACUGUUCACAAUUUUUCCACAGUUAUAGUCUUAAAAUACAAGAACUCAAAAUAAAAAAAAUAUGGAGUGUUUGCAGGCUGCCAAGAAAUAUAGCAGAGGGAAGCCGCAUUUUCUACACUUUGAAAACAGGUUUCUUUCUGAAAACUGCUUUCUUUCCUGCUAAUUCUGCACUGCCUACUUUCCACAUAUUUCUGCAUACCUCAUAUCUGAGAAUUCCAGCUCUCACUUUUGCCAGCUUCUCUCCGUUGUGACUAACAGCAGAGACCUCAACCCUUGUCUACAGCAUCCCUCUCUAUUCCAGUUCUAAAUCUGGAGCAGAUCUUGAUCUGCAUCUUGCAAAAAGAUGUCUUGUCAGUUCGUGUCAUGCAUGCAAAAUCUUAGCAUCCAAAGAUAAGAUGCUGGUUUGUUUAACUCACCGCUCUUGUGAGGUUUUCUCAGUAAAUAGGCAAAAUCAAA